GCGGUCGCGGCCUGGUUGCGGCCAUCGCCGCGGUUUUUUUCGGCCCGGGGCGGGACGGGAGGAGCCAUGGAGGACGCCGAUUACUUCGAAGGCAGCGCGGCGGAGUGGGGGAACGAGGCGGACGGAGGGACGCAAGACGAUGAGGACGGGGAGGGAGAAGAUGAUGCCGAAGUCCAGCAAGAAUGCCUGAAGAAAUUUUCAACCCCAGACUAUAUAAUGGAGCCGUCAAUAUUUAACACGUUAAAGAGAUAUUUCCAAGCAGGAGGUUCUCCAGAGAAUGUUAUCCAGCUCCUCUCUGAAAACUACACUGCAGUGGCACAGACUGUAAAUUUGCUGGCAGAAUGGCUCAUUCAAACAGGUGUUGAGCCAGUGCAAGUUCAGGAGACUGUAGAAAACCAUUUAAAGAGCUUACUUAUCAAGCAUUUUGACCCUCGGAAAGCAGAUUCCAUCUUUACAGAGGAAGGAGAGACACCAGCCUGGCUUGAGCAAAUGAUAGCACAUACUACAUGGAGAGAUCUCUUUUACAAGUUGGCAGAAGCCCAUCCCGACUGUUUAAUGCUUAAUUUUACUGUGAAGCUUAUAUCUGAUGCUGGAUAUCAAGGGGAAAUAACCAGUGUUUCAACAGCAUGUCAGCAACUAGAAGUAUUUUCCAGAGUCCUGCGUACAUCUCUGGCAACAAUUUUGGAUGGAGGAGAAGAAAACCUUGAAAAAAACCUCCCUGAGUUUGCUAAGAUGGUGUGCCACGGAGAACACACUUACCUUUUUGCUCAGUCUAUGAUGUCCAUAUUAGCUCAAGAAGAGCAAGGAGGGUCAGCUGUCAGACGGAUUGCUCAGGAGGUUCAGCGAUAUGCUCAUGAGAAAGGCCAUGAUGCUAGUCAGAUCACUUUAGCAUUGGGUACUGCAGCCUCCUAUCCUCGAGCAUGUCAGGCUCUUGGUGCGAUGUUGUCCAAAGGAGCUCUGAAUCCAGCAGAUAUCACUGUCCUGUUCAAAAUGUUUACAAGCAUGGACCCACCUCCAGUAGAACUGAUUCGAGUACCUGCCUUUCUGGACCUCUUCAUGCAGUCAUUGUUUAAGCCAGGUGCUAAGAUCAACCAGGACCACAAACAUAAAUAUAUUCACAUACUGGCAUAUGCAGCUAGUGUAGUAGAGAUGUGGAAAAAGAACAAGAGAGUCAGCAUAAACAAGGAUGAACUCAAGUCAACUUCAAAAGCCAUUGAAACUGUUCACAAUCUGUGUUGCAAUGAGAACAAAGGAGCAUCAGAGUUGGUUGCAGAACUGAGCACUCUCUAUCAGUGCAUCAGGUUCCCAGUGGUGGCAAUGGGUGUAUUAAAAUGGGUGGAUUGGACAGUGUCAGAACCACGAUACUUCCAACUGCAGACUGAUCACACUCCAGUUCAUCUGGCAUUAUUGGAUGAGAUCAGUACAUGCCAUCAGCUGCUUCAUCCCCAAGUUCUACAACUUCUUGUCAAGCUCUUUGAAACAGAACAUUCACAGCUUGAUGUAAUGGAGCAGCUGGAAUUGAAGAAGACUCUCUUGGAUAGAAUGGUGCACUUACUCAGUCGAGGAUAUGUUCUACCUGUUGUCAGCUAUAUCCGCAAAUGCCUGGAGAAGCUAGAUACAGAUAUCUCUCUCAUCAGAUACUUUGUUACAGAGGUGCUUGAUGUGAUUGCUCCUCCAUAUACCUCAGACUUCGUACAGCUUUUUCUUCCAAUCUUGGAGAAUGAAAGUAUUGCAGGUACUAUUAAAACAGAAGGUGAACAUGACCCUGUCACUGAGUUUAUAGCUCAUUGCAAAUCUAACUUUAUUAUGAUGAACUAAGCAGUGGAAAAUAUCAAGAAUGCAGAGCACAUGAUCACUGCUUUGCCAUACUCUCCACCAGUAAGGUUCUGUAACUGGGCAACACAGCAGAGAAAAAACCAAAACCCAACAAAAAAACAAAACCAACAAACCCAAAACAAGGAAGAAAGGGCUGAAGGGCGUUUGAUUGACUUGUAUGGUGACCUUGAGCUUCAUAUCAGAGGACUGUUAAUGUACUUUGGAAAAUGGAAUAAUAUUGAAGGAUUUUCUGUUGUUACACAAAUUAGUAUAAAUCUGAAUAUUCUGAAGGGGAUAGCAGGAGAGAGACAGAUUUAUUUCAAAGAAUGUUAUUUUGGUUACUUGCAGAAUUUGUCACUGAUUUUUAGUGUAAUAUAUAAAACCUGAAGAAUGAGGAAGGUAGUUCCUACUAAAACCACUUUGCAGAUAGUUCUUUGAAGGCUGGAUCUUGAAUGCUCUAGGUUUUGAUGUUGUGAGUUGUAAAAAAGGAAUUUGUGUGAUUAGCUCUGCUGCAGAGAAGCCACAAUGCCUCUUUCUCACCUUUGCAUUAUAUUAGAAUUCUAAAUAUCCUACAUAUUUACUGCUAU